CGGGUCUCCCACAUUGCAGGGGCCAGAGGAAACCCAGCACUAUCAGACCCAGGCACUCCUGAACACCAGGCCAGUCAGACCCACCCCCCCUUCCCAGUUGGGCCACAGGAGUCCCUCCUGCUUUUCAGUCAUCCUGAAGAGCCUCACCGGUGCUCACACCUGAGCUCAGACAAAUCUGGUGCUGAGAAGUCCACACCUGGGGACUGCGGCUGCCUUGCCAUAUCAAACAAUGGCUGCUGGAUGAGCACACCGGCCCUCAACCAGCCCAUCCUCAUCCCCUUCAACAUGGCCGGCCAGCUAGGGGGGCAGCAAGGACUGGUCCUCACACUGCCUACUGCGAAUCUCACCAACAUCCAAGGGCUGGUAGCAGCAGCUGCAGCCGGAGGCAUUAUGACUCUGCCAUUGCAAAAUCUACAAGCUACCUCAUCCCUGAACUCCCAGCUCCAGCAGCUCCAGCAGCUUCAGCAACUCCAGCAGCAGCAGCCGCCACCGCCCCCGGCCCCGCCGGGCAGCCAGCACCCGCAGCCCGCCCCGCAGGCGCCCCCGCAGCCCCAGCAGCAGCCGCCCCAACCCGCCCCGCAGUCCCAGCAGCCGCCGCCCGCCUCCCAGCCACUGCCGGCUCCGCCCGCGCAGCCCCCGCAGCCUCCAGCCCACCCUCACCCCCAGAGCCAGAACCAACCGUCUCCGACUCAGCAGAGCGCCAGCCCCCCUCAGAAAGCCAGCCAGUCUCCGGGACACGGCCUCCCGUCGCCGCUCACGCCACCCAAUCCUCUGCAGCUGGUUAAUAAUCCACUAGCAAGUCAGGCUGCAGCGGCUGCAGCAGCAGCAGCCAUGGGCUCCAUAGCGAGUUCACAGGCCUUUGGCAAUACCCUCUCCAGUCUGCAGGGGGUCACGGGUCAACUAGUUACUAAUGCACAAGGACAGAUUAUUGGGACCAUUCCUCUGAUGCCGAAUCCAGGGCCCUCAAGCCAAACAGCGAGCGGCACUCAGGGCCUUCAAGUGCAGCCGAUCACCCCCCAGCUCCUGACGAACGCCCAGGGCCAGAUCAUUGCCACAGUCAUCGGGAACCAGAUCCUGCCUGUGAUCAACACGCAGGGCAUCACGCUCUCCCCCAUCAAGCCUGGCCAGCAGCUCCACCAACCCUCCCAGACGUCAGUGGGUCAAGCAGCCUCCCAAAGCAGUCUCCUGCACCUGGCUCACAGCCAAGCAUCCAUGUCUCAAAGCCCCGUCCGGCAGGCUUCCUCCUCUUCCUCUUCAUCCUCCUCUUCUUCAGCUUUGAGCGUGGGCCAGUUAGUCAGCAAUCCUCAAACGGCUGCGGGUGAGGUGGAUGGGGUUAAUCUGGAGGAGAUCCGAGAAUUUGCCAAAGCUUUUAAAAUCCGGCGCCUGUCCCUCGGCCUGACCCAGACUCAGGUGGGCCAGGCCCUCAGUGCCACAGAGGGCCCCGCGUACAGCCAGUCGGCCAUCUGCAGACACACCAUCCUGAGAAGCCACUUUUUCCUACCACAGGAAGCCCAAGAGAACACUAUAGCUAGCAGUCUGACAGCCAAACUGAACCCUGGCCUUUUGUAUCCUGCCAGGUUUGAAAAGCUGGACAUCACUCCUAAAAGUGCCCAGAAGAUCAAGCCGGUGCUUGAGCGGUGGAUGGCUGAGGCUGAGGCCCGCCAUCGAGCAGGUAUGCAGAACCUGACCGAGUUUAUCGGGAGUGAACCGUCCAAAAAGCGCAAGAGGCGCACCUCCUUCACGCCCCAGGCCCUUGAGAUCCUCAAUGCCCACUUUGAGAAGAACACACACCCCUCUGGGCAGGAAAUGACCGAAAUUGCCGAGAAGCUGAACUAUGACCGGGAAGUAGUUAGAGUUUGGUUCUGCAAUAAGAGGCAAGCCCUGAAGAACACGAUUAAACGCUUAAAACAGCACGAGCCAGCCACGGCGGUCCCUCUGGAGCCCUUAACAGACUCGCUGGAAGAAAAUUCCUAAAGAGACACCCACUCAAAAUCAGAAAAAAAAAAAAAAAAAUCCACGGAAACUAAACUCCACCCUUGGGACUUCAUCCCAUAACCACCCCCUCCCCACAAAAAGAAAAAAAAUUACAUUGAAAAUAAAUUUUAAGAUAGCCCCAGUCAUCACCCUUGUAAGUAAAAGACUAAGAAAAUUACCAAGUGGACAGGAUGGUUUAUACGCCUCCAUGGGAUUUUCCAAAAAAGAAAAAAAGAAUUUUUUUGAAAAUUUUUAAACAACGAGUACACCACAUUCCAGGUGUCGGGGGGAGGAUAGGUCCCUCCCCCACCUGUCUCCCCAAAGCCAGUUUUUUAAUGGAUUUAAAGCAAACCAAAUAACCACAAACUCUUUUUCUGUACACUAUGAAAAUGUGAACACAUUUUAAGGAAACAGAAAAACAACUAAACCAAAAAAAAAAAAAAAAAACCACCACCACCACCAAACAAACGAAAACUUUUCUCUGUUCAAAGCGAAUACAAGCCUGCCACCUGGAGGAGGGACUAUGGACGGCAUUCUUUCAGGUUCUAAGUGCUGAUUCACUAUGAAACCUAUUAACCAAAGUCAGAAACACUGCAUUGCAAACGCGACCAUGAGUCUAUUCUUCUCUGCCUGUCAAGUUGUGUUCUGAGAUUUUACAUUUGUACUUAACAGAAAAAUAGCAAGCCUGAUUUCUCCCAUCUUUCCUAUCUAUCGUCACCACCCGUGGGGUGGGCGCCGUUGUUGAAGCCAUUCUGGAAGGCUCACUACUGGUUUUUAUUUGGGGGGAGGGUUUUCUUUUGUUUUGUUUUUGUCUUUGUUUGGGGGGGAGGCAUCCUGGAUCUGUGCCAAAGCAUCCGUUUCUUUCUUCUCACUAUGACCUGUGGGUUUGAGAAAAGAAAAUUUCUCACUUUCCUCCAUCUCUGUCUGUCUCUCCCUCAUGUGGCUACCAGGGUCUGCCAGAAGGCCAGAGAGUGGGCAUGGUGUCUUUCCACCCAGACCCCCGUGAAAUGCAGGAGAGACUCCAGAAUAUCUAGGGCUUUGCUCAAUGAACUAUCAACACUGGCAUAAGCUGUAAUUGUGCUCACUGUCCACACCAGAGCUUGGGAUUUUUCUCAGUCUGUUGGCCACGUACAUGGAGAGCUGACCAAAACUAAUUUUGUAAUAUAAACAUAAGCUGCACAUUUGGUUCAAUACUUACAUCUAUGUUAUGCUUCUGUGCAAAGCAAUUUCUCUCAGAAGUCUGAUAGCCAAAGAAAUGUCUCAAGAUUUCAGUCAAAAUGCACACAUAGCAUGCACACACCCAUAUACACACGAAGAAAACAGGCCAAAAAGAGAGAGAGAAAGAGAAUGACCGGACUGUUAAAGGCCAUUGAGCAUCCUGUAAAGUCCAUCUUUUCUGCUACCACUUUCCUUCCAAUAGCGAUGGUAGACUUUUUCCCAGGAGUUGGGGAAGAGCAAUUAUUUGGGGAUAUACAAAGGCAGCAGAGAGUUUGCAGAUGAAUUAAACACUGGGAAUUGCGGCUGGGUUCUUGAGGGGACAGGAAGUUUUAACAAGGAAGUGCCUCCACUAACAGGAAAAAUAUAGAAGUGGGUUAUCGAGUACUUCAGAGUAGCCUUCACACUUAGAAGUAGGGGAUUAUUCCACUUUUCAAAAUAACCUACUCCAAAGAGUAGGUUUUUCUCUGUGGGAGAAAAUAACCUAAUAAGUCAGAGGGGAAAGGUAAGACAUGAGGAUGGCAGUGCAGAUGAACACUUGGGACCUGCAGUUGAUGUUUUCUGCAGAGAGAGGCAAAAAGUGUUCCAUUAUAGAAGUGGGCAAAGAACAGUGUCAGUUUCCCUACCGUUGAGGUGUAAAUAUUCCUGAAUAAUUAAUAAAUAAUUAAUACUAUCUAGAAGUAAAUUCUGAAAGUAAAAAACCUCAAGUUGCCCAACUGAUUAGAAAUGCCAUCUUCUUCCCCUAACAUACUCCCCUCCCCUAACAUACUCCCCUCCCCUGUAACGGGUUUGAGUUUCUUCUACCUUUUGACCUCUGUGCUGGUGGAAUCAAUUCAGUGGUGUAGCUGUCCCCACCCUAUGCCCCCUGCCUAGAUAAUUCAUGCAGGAAUCCGGGGACCACCUGAUUCAUUGAGAGAAAGCUCUCAAUGAAACACAAGCUUGUAAGGCUGUUUCCCUUUCUCUGAUCUGAUGCUAAUUGGAUCACAGCCAACUUGAUCUUCAGUGCCAAUGACAUCCUGGUACCCAUUUGGCCACCUCAAAAUGCGCAAAUAACUAACAACGCAGAAAUCCAAAAAUGUAUCGAUUAAACAGAUUUUGUAUUCUCCUAGGACCUGCUCCAAAAUUCCAUCAAGAAAAGCUCCCCAAGAAGAGAAGUUAACAAGAUAACAUAUGAUGGAUGCUAAAUGUUUAAACAUAUGCCAGCAGCACUUACAUAAGGCCUGCUCAGUUCGGAGAUCUAUAAUUGGGAGGGUAUAACUAGGACAGUGAAAAUAUAAAAUAAAAUAAUCUUCCAGAGUGGAAUAAAAAAGAAAUAUAUUCAUCCCACAGUCGUAAAACCAUUCAUGUGCAGUGAUUUUUUUUAUAGUUUUAUAAUUUUGUAUUGUUUUAUAAAUUAU